GCCCCACGUCUCGACCAAAACGCCAGAAGAAGAGCAACCGCGUUGGUUUGGACUUUGGACUUGGGGUCGGGUUCACAUUUACACUCCACACACCACACACACGGAGGGUCGACGCGCGGCCUCCCCGUUCACACUCACACUAACACUCCAGCCAGCGGUCUCUCCACGCUCCACAGUCCACACCGGCCUCGGCGGUGGCGAUCGAUGGCCGGGGUCAACCCAGCACCAGCAGGCUGGAGCGGCGGCGACGGCGACGGCCACUGCGAGGACUGCGCCGGCGGCGACGGGAAGCAGUUCGUCAUCGUCGCCUCAGAGGGCUUCCGCGACCACGCGUCCAUACCGCCAGAGGUUGGGAGCCAUCUCAGGAAUAUGAUCCGUGAUAUAGAGCAUGUCAAGCUUGAAGCUCCUGAUGGCCGGACGUGCGAUGUUAAGAUUAUGAUGUUCUAUAAGAUGUUUCUCUUUACAUCUGGAGAAACAUCUGGAUGGCAAGAGUUUGUAGCUGCAAAUGAAAUUCAAGAAGGUCACUCGAUUGUGUUUGUGUAUCGUGGGAACUCCACCUUCAGAGUUAAUAUAUCCAAUAUAUCUGGCCAUGAGAAUCCUUCUUCCUUCUCUGAACCACCUCCCAAGAUCUUCGGAGCCAUUCCUCCUCCGCACACUUCUUGUGAUCAUCGUAUGCUAAUGAAAGGCAAAGUGAAUCACCAUCUUAAAGUCAAAUGUUUUUUGCAAUGCUUAUCUGAUCAAUGUAAAAAACAGACUUUAUGUGCAGAACAAGUGGUGCCUGAUCCCUCUGGACAUGUUGACGCCUCAACCGUCGUUGGCUAUACGUUGUCAAGUGGGUGUUGUCUAACCAAAGCACAGGAGGAGAAAGUACUUGAACUAGCUCACAGAAUGAGGUCUGGAAUUCCUCUACAUGUGGCAACCAUGGCCAAAAGAAAUGUUAAAUUGAAGGACAGUUGUAUUUACAUCCCCUUGAGACUUGUCGACCAUUUCGAACCUGACAUUACACUCAAAGACCACGAGGAAAAGAUACAUGGUGUUCGAGCAAGGAAGCACGAUGCUGACCAGAUAGUCUUAGAAUCUGGGUGGAGUGAAUUUGUGUCUAAACAGCGCAUACAAGAGAAUGACCUCAUCGUUUUCAAAAAGGGGAAACCUCACAUCGAAGUUUUCAUCCUUGAGAAAACCUCAUCAUCUUUUUUCACGGGAAAUUGUUCCUAUGCCCAAGAAGUCAUUGAAUUGAGCUGUUCUGAUGACGAUGACAUCGUGGUAGAAGGCACGAGAAAAUCCAGGCGGCUAUCAGGAUGUUGUGUGAAGGCUAAGAAGAUGGCUUCAGUAUCCCCCCCUUGCGCUAGAUCAGGUUAUAAUAUUGUAGUCACAUGUGCAAUUUUUUAUUUGCCAUAAUUUCAUAUGAUUUUUGGUUAUUGUAUCCUCACCAUAAGAAAGUAGGGAUAUUUUUUGUAGAAUAUGGAGCUCCCAAUCUGAAUGAAGUUGUUUCAGAACCUCCUAGGUCCAACAAUUUCUUGGGACCUUCACGGCGUCGUCGCUACAUUUUAGCCCAACGGAAAGGUCUAAAGGGGCAAGCGAGAAAGAAAGUGGAAGAGAAAGUCCAGGCAAUUUGUUCUGAAUUUCCUGUGUUUGUGAAAGUGAUGAACAAAUCCAGUGUUACUUUCAAAGCAGUACGCGAAAUACACUCUCUGAACUUCUGUGUAGGGUAUGCUUCUGAAUGCCUCCCGGCUGAGCAAAAAUGCCUCCUCCUUCUGCUGGAAGGCGACGAGAGGGAGUGGACUGGUAAGUUGGACAUCUCGAUGAAGGGCUCGAGGAAGGGAAGGAGGUGGAUCCAUGGAGCCUGGAGGAACUUCCUCUCGCAAGUUGGGCUGGAGGAGGGAGACAUCUGCCUCUUCGAGCUGGUAGACAAGAGUGCAGGUUGGAUCACGAUGAAAGUCCACCUGAUCCGCAGGUCGGAGAUGCAGCCAUAGCUCUCGAUCCUGCACCAGUUUCCUUACCUAUCUAUUGUAUCUAAUGUGGCUGUAAAAUCUCUGAUUAAACAUGUUAUGAGAGAGCUUAGCUAACUGAUGAGCAACUUGACCUGUAGAACUUGUUAAACAACUCUUCUGGCAUCUAAUUCGGGA